GUCUUCUUUCUCUCUGUGUGAGUCUGUUUGUGUGUUUUCAUGUUUGGUCAUUGUGUGACUGUUUUCUCCGGUGAUUCCAUGUUCUUGUGGGUUCUUGUGGGCUUAGUGUCACUCUGUUCACUUGUUUCACUCUUAUAAAUACAGUCGCUCUGCUGAAGCUUUUAUUUUGUUGUAGCAGAUUUUUUUUCCGGUGUUUUAUUUUGAAGGGCUGCUCCGGAUGCGCUGCGCUGCAUUGCGGAACUCUGACGGCGCUGUGUUCGGAAAAGGCGUAAACACUCCGCAAACAUUAGCGGCUGAAAACAGCGACUCAUCUCGGCCUGUCUGCGGUCCAUGUGAAGCCUGUCGGUGCCGUCGGUCGUCCCGUUACCGUCCGAGGUCGUCGCAGUGACCGUCCGGCAGAGCAGCAGCACCGUCGGGGCGUUAGCCAGCCAGCUAGCCGUAGCCGCCGCUAGCCUUAGCCUUAGCGUUAGCAUUAGCACCAGACGACGGAACCAUGAUAGCGCUGAUCAACAAGCUGCUGGACUGGUUCAAGGCGCUGUUCUGGAAGGAGGAGAUGGAGCUGACCCUGGUGGGGCUGCAGUACUCCGGCAAGACCACCUUCGUCAACGUCAUAGCGUCGGGACAGUUCAGUGAAGACAUGAUCCCUACGGUGGGCUUCAACAUGAGGAAGAUCACUAAAGGCAACGUCACCAUCAAGCUCUGGGACAUCGGCGGUCAGCCUCGCUUCAGGAGUAUGUGGGAGCGCUACUGUCGAGGAGUCAGCGCCAUCGUGUACAUGGUGGACGCAGCAGAUCCAGAGAAGAUCGAAGCCUCCAAGAACGAGCUCCACAACCUGCUGGACAAGCCUCAGCUGCAGGGAAUCCCAGUUCUGGUUCUGGGGAACAAGAGGGACCUGCCAGGAGCUCUGGAUGAGAAGGAGCUCAUAGAGAGGAUGAACCUGUCGGCCAUCCAGGACAGAGAGAUCUGCUGCUACUCCAUCUCCUGCAAGGAGAAAGACAACAUCGACAUCACCCUGCAGUGGUUGAUCCAGCACUCCCGGACCAAGAGGACUUCCUGAGGAAUGACAUCACAGCAGGCCACGCCCACUUCCCCCUGCCUCCCCCUCCCACCAUCCCCCCCUCCCCGUCGUCACGCUCACCUGGAUGCACUGAUACUCAGACCAAAGAGCUGCUCACGUCUGCCCGUCCAGGUUUCCCACCUGGUUCUAAAGUAAAACACAGAGACUGGAGAUCAUUACUCAGAAGCUUUUAUCGGCCGUUUUUAAUUCAACCUCCAGCUUCUGUCUACAAACUGUCUCGAAUCAGAAAAAAAAGGUGUUUUAUUCCAGACGAACACAAAGUUUAGAAAUCUUCUCGUCCAUGAGGUUGUAAAGCAGCAGCAUGAAGUCCACGUCUGAGUCGAGGACGUAGUGAAGCGUUUCCUCUGCUGGUAUUAACCACUAGUUAGAGGUGGUUGUUGUUCAACCUCUAAACAUCUCCAACCAUCUGAUUAGUGGUGUUCAGAGUCGGGUUUAAAUAACCUCCUGCAGCUCUGAUUAAACCAGAGUUUAAUCCAGAGUUUAAUCCAGAGUCACACGAUGAGCUGGAAGCUUCCUGACGGCUUCAUUUAGUGAAACAGACGCUGUUGAGAAACUACAGGAAGCUAACGAGUUCUGAUCAGACCCUACGCUGGAUGUUCUCCUCAGAGCUUCGUUCUUCUCUUCACAGCCUGAACCGUCUUCAGGACAAACCUCUGAAGGCUGCAGGUGGAAUAGAAGUUAAUGUGGAGGUGUGACGAGGCGUCUCUGUUUCACUAAACCAUCCGUCUGCAGCUCAAAGCUCUUCUUCUGGAAGCUGACCUUCUCAGAAACACCUCGACCUGGAGCAGCAGAACUAAAUUAACUGAGACGUUCAGCGCUACGAUAGAACCCGAUUCCGAGCAGAACCGUUGGUGUCGGUGCAUCUUCACGGAUCCAAACAGCAGCUUCCAUCAGAACCGGUUUCCAUCUGCAGGACUUUGAAUCAUCAUCCAGAAACCUGCAGACCUCGUUUUCCUUUGACGGCCAUAGAAACACGCGUUUAGCAUCGUUAGCAUCGUUAGCCCGUUAGCUGCUGUGUGGAUCGGUGCCGGUCUCCCAUGAUCCUCCUCUCCCGCCCCCCCGUCCAUCCUUCACUUUCUAUAAUCCUUCCUGUCUGUUGUAAACUGCUCGUCCUCCUGUUUCCUCUUUUCUUCAUUUUGGAUGUUCUUUCUCUUCCUGGUCGCCAAGCCCCGCCCCCUCGCCGUCGCUCUCUCUCUCUCUCUCCGGCCGAGCGAGGGAUCCAGAACCUUUUUAUUGCACUGUUGAUUUUUGUUUUUGUAAGAUAUUAAUAAUGAGAAUAAUGUUAAUAAUCUUCUUAUGGUGAGCUGAGCGGAGGAGAGGAGGUGGUACUCUACCUGCAGAAGGACAAACGCUAUCGUCUCUGUUCAUAUCUCUGUAACGAGGAGCUUUUUAUUUCUUUUGUAUUAUUAUUAUUUUAUAUUGUUGUUUGUUUUGUUGACUUCAUAAGUCGAACCAGUGUUUUCUGCUCUGACGCCGCUGCUGAUUGGACCAGAGGUGUCAUGUGACCUCCCGCCUGCUCUGUUGAACGUGAGCCGAUUUCAGAACUUCGUUUUCUUCUUCACGACGACCGCGAGCGAAAAGAAAAGUAGUGGCUUUAAAAUGACAGCGGAAGAACAAAUUCCUUCGAUCUCCUGAAAGCUUUUGGGAGUUUUUCUUGUGUAGCAGUUAAAAAAUGUUAAAACUACAAAUAGAAUAAAAAGUCAAGUUCAUGUAGUUUCUUGGUGAAUGUUUCCUUUGCUGCAGCAGAAGAUUUUAGUCGUAACUGGAGUUUCAAUCGUUCAGGCUGAUAAUGAAUUAACUCUAUUGUGCAUUAAAACAGUUUAAUCAGAUUAUCGUUGUGAUUCACGUCAAAAUAGAAACGCGUUCAACACCAAUCUUCUUUAAACACCAACAAUUAAACUGCUUCUUUAUUCAUUAAAGCUCAACGUUUUUAAUCAAACUUAA